AUGAGAAAAUUGUUUCUAGCAUUAUGCUUGGUGACCGUGUGUUAUCAAUCAGUGUAUGCUGAUGAACUUUCCGCAACUCAACUCAUCAAUGAUAUCUACAAAUCAUGUCUCAGUCAAUAUUCAACGAGUUGUGUUAAACCAAAAGCUUUAGCAUGGAUCAGCCAUGCAGUGAAUCAAGACACAAUUAAAAUCAACGGAGAAUUAUCAAUCAUAAGAACAGGAGAAGAUGAAUUUCAACCUGAAGAACGUUCAAUUAAUCCAGCAGUUCAUCUUUUUGAUAAAGUUGACAGUUUCUUAUCAUCACAUUCACUGAGAAUUGAAGUUCCACAAAUCUUGAAGAACAAUGAAGCACGCGCUUACAUUCCAGAGACAUUCUUAACUGGUGGCUUAGCUCAAGGACUUCAGGUUCCAUUAGUUGAAGGAAAUGUUGUUGAAGGUCGUGGUUUCGUUAAGAAAGUGAUGAUUCCAUUUUUACUUGGCUUGAAGUUCAAGACCACAGUUCUUGUUCCAUUAGCAUUAGCCUUGAUUGCAUUGAAAACAUGGAAAGCAAUGACACUUGGACUCCUCUCACUUGUCAUGACUGGCGCUAUGGUCAUCUUUAAAUUCGCUAAACCAAAGAUUGUCAACUAUGAAGUUGUUCACUACCCUCAUCCAAUUGAACAUGUUCAUGCUCAUCCACCACCACCCCAUGCACAUCCAAUCGUGUUCGAACCAACACCCGGCUGGGCUAGAAAAUUUGAUUCACAAAAUGUUGCAUACAAAGCAUAUUUGUAAAUCUUGAGACAAUCAUUUUGUACAUUAAUUUAUUUAUUUAUGACGGCUUCUGUGUUCCAAAUAGAAAUAAAACUUUAUUUUCAAAUGAA